AUGAUUGGAUAUCCGCUUGCCGUCACAUAUCAGACUGGGACAAGCUAUGGUACAGGUAGUGGUCCAAUAUUCAUUGAUGAUCUAAAUUGCGGGACUGGUGCAUUACAUAUAAAUGACUGCACGUACAAUACGUAUGAUAACUGCAACCAUGAAAAUGAUAUGUCUGUCGUUUGUACAGAUUGUGGAGAUCCUACCCCAAUAAAUGGUUUCAUAAACACGACGUUGACAAGCUAUGGUACUGUUGUGCAUGUCACGUGUGAGAAGAACUAUAGACUGAUUGGGGACAGUGUCAUUAUCUGCCAAUCGAUUGGAGCCUGGAGUAACAAUCCAGAAUGCGAUCUUAUAGAAUGCAGCAAUCCUACGCCUGAUCACGGCUUUAGUAAUGCUUUUAGCACUAUUAAUGGAACAACUGUAUCUGUCGAGUGUGAAGAGGGCUAUGACCUGGUUGGUGAGGACAUCGUGACUUGUCAAGAAAAUGAAACUUGGACAUAUGAUCCAGUAUGUCAGAUAAAAGAUUGUGAUUAUCCUUUUAUACCAAAUGCAGAUGUAACUUUGCCAAAUAACAUAACAACAUUCGGGGAGACAGUUAAAGUAAGCUGUCGAACAGGACACACUCUAACUGGUAAUUCAGCUGUGUCCUGUCUAUCAAAUGGAAGCUGGGAAAUGUUGCCUUCUUGUACAAUUGUAGACUGUGGUGAUCCUACGCCUAUCAAAGGGCUCGCAGAUCAGAACGAAACAACAUACGGAGCUGUUGUUGAAAUAACUUGCCUUGAUGGAUAUAAUAUAACGGGAAACUCGACAAUUAUUUGCGAACAAGAUGGAGGAUGGUCCAGUACACCAGUGUGUGAUCCAACAGGUAUGAAGGAAGUUAUAUUAGGCCGAUGCUUGACGUCGAGUUAUGCGUACAUUCUUUACAGUUCAUUUGUUUAGCAACAAAUAUCUCAAUCGGUAUGAUGAACAAUAAAUCGAAAUUCCGAACAGGAAAUUUCUGAUUUUGCGGCAAAUACUGUAUUAAUUUUUGAUCCAGACCGACAACGACACUUGUCAGUCAGACUACUUUAUAUUUCGUCAAAAUGAAACAAUAGAGAGUUUGAGAUUUCAACCUUCGCCUUCCCCUUCAACGUCUCUUGCAAAGUUAACGUAUGAAGUUGAUGUUCGAUUAAAGUUCCUUGAGAUUUCAAAUUUCAGAGUGAACCUUACUUCUUUUAAUCCGCCCAUUUAAUUUAUCCGUAAUUAUGAUCGUUUUUAUGUUCGUGUAUUUUGAUAUCAAUUGUCCAAAAUGGCAGGGCUUUUACAAGAGUUUUUAAAGAUAAAAAUUAAAUAAAAACAUUUCAAUUAAUAUAAUUAUCGCAUGGAUAUUAGUGCGAUUACAAUAAAAAAACGAAACAAUGUGAACAAUGUAAAAACUUGUUGGUGUUGCUCCAAACAUUUAGUUUUAGAUAAAAAUGAUGUCAGUAUACAAUGCACGAUUGUAAAUCAUACAUGAGAGGAAAUAAAAAUGAUAAUCAUAUCAACGUAUUUUAUUGUUGAUGAUGUUCUUGAAAGAUAAUGCAAUUAAUAUUUUUUAAGCAAAAGCAUGAGACACCAACUAUUAUAAAUGCAUUUGUCAAAAUACUUUGAAAUUAAGUUAAAUAUAUGUGAUAAAGCAAACACA